AUCUGCUAAUAUUGCCCUGUUAGGUGCUGGAAAAGGAAGAAAAUGCCUCCACAACUCUCUAAUGGCGUUGCCUCUCAGAUCAGUCCUUCGGUUCAGUUCUGCAAUGGAGCAGGCUUGCGUUCAAGCCCCAAACAUGGCGGAAUAGCUAGAAGGACGAAAUUCCAUGGAAAAAAUCUACUUCCGGUCCUUGUUCUCGUCCUUUCUUGCCUUUCCAUUCUCAGGCUUCUUAAAAUAGCAAUGAUUACUUCACAUUCUUCGUCUUCGUUUCAAUCAAAUGCACCAUCGACGGUUGAUUUAGAGUUCGACCGCCGUCUCAAAACCUCCACGGCCUCCGCCCUCACCCCGAAGGAAUUCAUGGUUCUUUCAAAGAUCAUUACACGUAAAGCACCUUGUAAUCUCCUUGUUUUCGGUCAUCAAUCACAGUAUGUCAAUCUCUCGUCAAUAAACGCCGGAGGAAUCACUGUUUUUCUCGAGGAUGAUCCACACAAGACAAGCGAAAUCAAAGCUGAUUUCAACGGAACUCGAGUUUAUAAUGUUAAGUAUCAAGCACCAGCUAAGAAGGCAUACGAUUUGCUCAAGCAUGCAAGGGGAAAUCCAGCUUGUUCUCCCGCCACGAACAUGAUGUAUCAAUCGACCUGCAAAUUGGCAUUGAGAAACUUACCUGAAGAAAUUUAUAAGCUUAAGUGGGAUGUGGUGGUGGUGGACGGGCCGACCGAGGACUCGCUUGAUGCACAGGGGAGGAUGUCGACGAUCUACACCGCGGGCAUGUUGGCGAGAGGUGCUGAGACUGGGAAGACGACUGAUGUUGUGGUUCAUGAUGUUCAUCGGACGAUUGAAAAAUGGUUUUCUUGGGAAUUCUUGUGCGAACAAAAUUUGGUUUCUGCUAAAGGGAAACUCUGGGAUUUUAGAAUAACUGCAGAUCAAUCCAAUUCUACAAGCUUUUGCUCUUCUGAAACGGUUCAUCUAAUGUCAUAGCCUUC